AUGGCUCUCCCCGCGCAGGUCCAGUCCGUCGCUGACGAGGGCGUCGUCAAGCUCUUCGGCAAGUGGGACGCUCAGGAGAUCGAGGUCAAGGACAUCUCGCUCACCGACUACAUCAACGUCAACCACGCCGUCUAUGUCCCCCACACUGCCGGCCGCUACGCCAAGAAGCAGUUCGCCAAGGGCCGCAUGCCCAUUGUCGAGCGCCUCGUCAACGCCCUCAUGAUGAACGGCCGCAACAACGGCAAGAAGAUCAUGGCUGUCCGCAUCGUCCAGCACGCGUUCGAGAUCAUCCACCUCGUUACCGAGCAGAACCCCAUCCAGGUUCUCGUUGACGCCAUUGUCAACACCGGCCCCCGUGAGGACUCGACCCGUAUCGGCUCGCAGGGCACUGUCCGUCGCCAGGCUGUCGACGUCUCGCCCCUCCGCCGUGUCAACCAGGCCAUCAGCCUCCUCACCAUCGGCACCCGCGAGUCGGCGUUCCACAACUCCAAGUCGGUCUCAGAGUGCCUCGCCGAUGAGCUCGUCAACGCCGCCAAGGGCUCGUCCAACUCGUACGCUAUCAAGAAGAAGGACGAGCUUGAGCGUGUCGCCAAGUCGAACCGGUAA